AUGGCAACUUUACAUCUACAGCAUCUACCUUUUCAAAUGGCAUUGAUGUUGCUUCUGUUGGGAUUGUCCUCAACCUUUUUUCAAGGCGCAUCAGCGUUUUCGACGUUGCCACAACGACCCUAUAAGUUGACAAGGGCGUCCCGACUACCUAAAGAACAAAGCCAGCAUCAGAAUGCCUUUGCUUCGGCUCGUACUCCUGUCAGAGGGCUCAUCAUAGGAAUGAAAUUGCGGCGGCAAAGUCCAAUUCUGUACAAAUCAAACUACAGUGCAGGAACGACCCCGGAAGGUGAACCAUCUACGGCAGAAGUAUCAUCCUCGUCAACAACAAGCAGCACCAACACCAUCGUCAAACCGCCGUUUUCCACGACAUUACUCGGGACCAUCAUCCGGAAAAUAUUUAGUCCUAUUGCGUAUUUGCAGCGAUGUAUCUUUCGAGCUAUCACAAAAUCGACUGCCGCCUUUCUGACAGCUGUCAUCUCCGAACCCGGUUGUAAUCAAGCCUUUGCGACUGUUAUUAUGAGAGGAUGUAACAUGGUAUUGACGUCCAAUAAGCUCAAGGAACGUCUCGUAGCAGCCCAAACAACAUUAUCAGAGACGGAACCAUCGUUGGCGAAAUUGACUGGUGAAGACUUUUUCAAAGUCCUCGCUCAAUUUGUUAUUGGAUUGAUCGAUCCGAGUUUUGAAUACGCUCCCAAGAAGGAGAACGAUGAUUAG